GGAAGAACUCCUGCAAUGUGUCUGCAAAGUUUGAUUUCGCAAUACUCAACAGUCAGCCUCACUCACAGUGUUAACUGACUUUGCAGCCAUAAGUCAUGUCUGACGAGGGUAAAUGUAUAAUUGUGUUAUUUGGUGGUGGCUUCCUGGUGGUAGGUGGUCUCCUCGUCAUUCUGCUGCCUAUGAGCUUCAGUGGCCUGGAAUAUUAUGAGUAUGGUUUUGUUAAGCAAAAGAGUACAGGGACAGUAAAUCUGGAUUCUGUAUAUGCUUUGGGGAAACACUUCCUAGGACCAGACUAUGAAUUUAAGGUGUUCCAAGCUGAUGCCCAUCACUUGACCCUGAAGAGGAUCAAAGCUUUUACUUCCGACAGACUGGAGGUACAGGUAACUGUUCAUCUGCAGUAUUUCUUGAGGAAAGAGGACCUGCCUGCUCUCCACAGACGGUUUGAUGUGUUUUAUGAAGACAUCAUGAAGAGUAGUGCUAUAGAUGCCGUAAAAGGUGCUGUUACUAUAUAUACCAAGUGGGAGCUGAUCUCAGAGCGAGUUAAAGUGGAGGAGGAUUUGUACAAAGCGGUCAGGGAACGUCUGGGGGGUACCUGCUGCCAGGAUGACUGCAAAGCCUGGAGAUUUGCUUGUCCCCCUGGCUGUAAGAGGAAGGAUCUGUGUACAGAGGACCACAAAGGGGUGUUUGCUGAUGUCAGGUUCUUCCAGAUGGGUGAAGUGUACAUACCCCGAGAUGUGGAGGUAACCUUCCUCAGGCAACUUACUCUGAAGGAAGACUCUGAGCGAGAGAAACUCCUACAGAAAGCUCAAUUAGAAAGAAAGAUCACAUCCAAAAAGGUCCAGAAGUAUAAGAAUGAAGCUCAGGAGGCAAGAGAGGUAGGCCAGGCCGAGUCUAACCUGAUCAAAAUCACGUCCAGUGCUAACUACACGGUCACUAUAGAGGGCGCCCGCAGUCGAGGCCUGACUACCCUGUACCGAGACCUGGGAAUCACCAACCAGAUCCAUAAAAACAGCUUUGACUAUUUGCGUACCCUUAGAGGACUCGACAAUGUCUGGUUAACUGUGGAUUUCAACCAAAGGAUUGUGGGUAGUUUUGGCAAUAAUUAAAGGUUUUUUUUUACCCAUUUUUAAAUAUUCUUAAUGAUUGAAGUUUGUUGAUUAGAGUGCUUCUGGUGAUGCCUUUUAUGUAGACAUUUUUAAAUGAAACCUGAGUUGUAAAAACAUAAAUUGUUUAGCCCUGUAUUUUUGAGAUGUAUUUUACACUAGGUACUGACUGUAAACAUUAUACAACAGAAGCAGUGCAAUAAUUUGUCUACAUUUUUUCAGGCAAUUCAUUCAGAAUUGCUCUGAAUAAGAUAUUUUUAUGAGCUGAAAAAAAACAACAACAAAAAAAAAUCCCCAAAAUAAUGUAUUAUAAGACUUGAACAAAAACUAAACCUUAAUUUCAUUUAUUUGACAUGGACUUGCACCAUCCAGUUGAUUUAUUAAUAAAGAUUUUUUUUUGUAUACGUUUGUAAAUAAGAUUGUAUCUUUUGACACAUGUAUUUGAUUAUAUCUUAAUACAUACCAUUUUGUUUUAUUCCAAAGAAUUUGUUUCACAUUUUUUAGAUUUAAAUUUAUUUAUCUUAGAUGUUUUGUAGAGUCUCAAUGAAAUGUAAAGUGUGAUUCAUUGAACAUAUUCAAUUUUUGUUGUCUUUAUUUCAAAUACUUUGUAUUAGUUGGCCUAGCCUUGAUUGAUGUAAUUUGGCCUUGCCUCAAGUUGAUUGAAGUUUUUUUUUUUUUAAGUUGACCCCAACAUUAUUUAGUAUUACGAGUCAUUGUACUUUAAUAUACAACUUAUUGAUUAUACUUUACAUUUGCUUUUAUAUCUUUCAUGUUUUUGAUACUCUCUACCUCUUAUACAUGCAUUGGUGUUCGCUUUUCAUCUGUUUAAUAUUUAUUGAUGAAUUAGGUUUAGCUUUACCUAUUAUGACACUUGUAUAGGUACUUUCCAAUGUCUGUAUUGCAGUUGCAGUGAAAUGCAGAUACAAGUUGUUUACUUGAUCAAUUUGGAAUUUCCCAAAUGAUUAAUUAAUUCUUCUACAAUUUCUUUCUAAACAGAUUUCAUGACUUUAAUUUCAAGUCCAAGUUUUACUUUCUAAAAGUACAAAUUAACACAGCUACAGUCUCAACACAGAUUUUUUUUUUUUUUGUCUUAAACCCUUUUUCUUUUAAUAAGUCAUUAUUUGUGAAAUGUUUUCAACUUCUAAUUUUCUCAUGUUGAAAUUUAAUGAUACAUUGCUUUAGUUAUUCAAAAGCAAUACUCAGAGAGUGUUUAUUUGUUUGUUUGUUUGAUACUUGUUUUUUCCUGUUGUAGAUUGCCUUUUAUUUAUUUUAAAUAAUUUUUCCAAAAAAAUAAAGGGAUGAAUGGAAUACAUGAGAGCUGGGUUAUGUCCUCACCAUUAAAUGUAAAGCAGAUCUUGUACAUGAUACAUGUUUGUUUUGAAGUUAAUCAUAAAUGCUUAAAAAACAGAAUUAAGAGUUGAAUUCAAGAAAACAGAGCAGCAUCUGCAACGUGUACAGUCAUUGUGCUACAAUCUUAAUUAUUCUUAUUAGAACAACUACCUUAACAAAGCAUAAGUUGCCUUGAUCUUUGUACAUUUUUCCAGUAUUUGUUUGUGUGUUUCAUAUUAAUUUUGUAAAGGUCAUACGAAAGGAAUGGCAUACACAUGUUUAAAUUGUUAAAGUCCCAAUCAACAAGAACUUUUGUUUUUCAGAGAAUUUUACAUGUAUUUUCUUGUUACACUCUUUUGAUUGUGUCAAGUAUUACCAUUGGGUAUGAAAGGUUGUUUAUUUGGUUGUAG